GCUCGGCUGUCCCCGCAGAAAGAGCACAAUCAUUUUCUAUCGUUUCUUCUCAUCCAAACACUUUUUCUUUCCUUCUUUCUUCUGUAAGAAAACAGAAAAGGAAGCCAAAUCCUUUCACUUUCCAAAAUUCUGUCUAUUUCUCUCCUUUUUAACUUUUUUCUUUCUCUUUAAUGACAUUCCCAGAAAUUUCAUUAUGUUUGCUUUAAAGUGAAGCAAUAAUUUUCACUAAUAAAAAAAAAACCCACAGUUUUGAACAAAAAAAUCCACAGUAAAGAAACUACUCCCAUAAAACCUUCAUCUUUAGGACCAUUUGAUUUAUUCUUAUGUUCUCUUUAAUUUAUUUUAUCACGCAGAAAAUUUUAACAUGUCGAUGAGAUUAAGGGACAGAACUUCGAGUCAAGCCAAACGACACAACCAUAAGCAACAAACGACGACGACGGCGGCGGCGGCGGCGGCGAUGCCUAGUUACUGCAAUGAAACGCUGACGUGUCCCUUCGGGGAGUUGGCAACGAAUUUAUCAGAAUCGGAGCUCCGAGAGACGGCUUAUGAGAUUCUGGUUGGAGCUUGUCGGAGUUCGGGCGGGAAACCUUUGACUUUCAUAUCGCAGUCGGAGAGGAAUUCGGAAAGGACGCCGACGCCGACGGUGACGUCGACGGCGUCGUUGCAAAGGUCGUUGACGUCGACGGCGGCGAGUAAAGUGAAGAAGGCUUUAGGGUUGAAAUCUUCUCGGAGGAGGAAAAUGAGUGGUGAGUCGGACUCGGAUCGAUUCAAAAAGGCGGUUACGAUUGGAGAGCUGUUGAGGGUUCAGAUGGGAGUUUCAGAGCAAACAGAUUCCAGGGUCAGAAGAGCUCUCUUGAGAGUUGCUGCUGCUCAGCUUGGAAGACGGAUAGAGUCAAUAGUGUUGCCACUUGAGAUGUUGCAGCAACCCAAGCUUUCGGAUUUUCCAAAUCAGGGAGAAUAUGAAGCUUGGCAGAGGAGAAAUCUGAAGCUUCUUGAAGCUGGACUUCUUUUGCAUCCUCUUUUGCCCUUAGACAAGACCAAUACUGCUCCAGAGCAAUUACGACAGAUCAUCCGUGGGGCCUUGGAGAAACCCUUGGAGACUGGAAAAAACAAUGAAUCCAUGCAAUCCCUUCGGAGCAUAGUUUUAUCUCUUGCUUGUAGAAAUUUUGAUGGGUCUGUUUCUGAGACCAGCCACUGGGCAGAUGGAUUCCCAUUGAAUCUAAGAAUUUAUCAAAUGCUUUUAGAAGCUUGUUUUGAUGUUAAUGAUGAAAAGUCUGUUAUUGAAGAGGUCGAUGAGGUUCUAGAACUCAUAAAAAAGACAUGGGUAGUCCUUGGAAUGAACCAGAUGCUGCAUAAUCUUUGUUUCUUGUGGAUAUUGUUUAACCGUUAUGUGACAACUGGUCAAGUGGAAGGUGAUCUGUUGUUCGCUGCCAAUAAUCUGUUGAUGGAGGUUGAAAAGGAUGCAAAGGCAAUGAAAGAUCCAGAUUAUUCCAAGAUAUUGAGUUCUACUUUGAGUGCAAUUUUAGGUUGGGCUGAGAAAAGGCUUCUUGCCUACCACAAUUAUUUUCAUAGUGAUAACACUGAGUCAGUGGAAUGUGUUUUUUCUAUGGGGGUUCUAUCAGCAAAGAUAAUGGUAGAAGAUAUCUCGCAUGAAUAUCAUAGAAAAAGAAAGGAAAUUGAUGUGGCUCAUGAGAGAGUUGAUACAUACAUAAGAUCAUCACUGCGUGCUGCUUUUGUUCAGAUAAUGGAGAAGGUGAAGUCUAGCAAGCGGUCAUCUAAGAACCAGCAAAAUCAGCUUCCUUUCCUUUCCAUCCUGGCACAGGAUGUCAGUACACUGGCUUUUAGUGAGAAGGCAAUAUUUAGUCCAAUAUUAAAGAGGUGGCAUCCUCUUGCAGCUGGUGUAGCUGUAGCCACUCUUCAUUCCUGCUAUGGGAAUGAGCUGAAGCAAUUUGUUUCUGGCAUUGGUGAAUUGACACCAGAUAUACUACAGGUGCUGAGAGCUGCUGACAAAUUGGAGAAAGAUCUGGUGCAAAUUGCAGUCGAAAAUUCAGUGGACAGUGAGGAUGGCGGAAAGUCAAUCAUUAGGGAGAUGCCUCCUUAUGAAGCUGAAUCUGUAAUUUCCAAUCUGGUGAAAUCAUGGAUAAAGACUAGAUUAGACAGACUGAAGGAAUGGGUUGACAGGAAUCUGCAACAAGAGGUAUGGGAUCCACGAGCAAAUAAAGAGCACUUUGCUCCCUCUGCUGUUGAAGUUUUGCGAAUUGUAGAUGAAGCCUUAGAAGCAUUCUUUUUGUUACCAAUAUCUAUGCAUGCUACGUUGCUUCCUGAUUUAACCAUCGGUAUUGACAGAUGUCUUCAACAUUAUAUAUCAAAGGCAAAGUCUGGCUGUGGGACCCAAAGUACUUUUGUGCCCUCAAUGCCUGCUUUGACUAGAUGUUCAACAUGCUCAAAGUUUCCUGGUGUAUCGAAGAAAAAGGAAAAGCUUCAAAAGGCGCAGAGUAGAAAAUCUCAGGUUGGGACUACAACUGGAAAGGGCUCUUUUGGGAUACCUCAGCUAUGCUGUCGUAUUAAUACUCUGCAACAUAUUCGAACAGAGAUGGAUGUCUUGGCAAAAAGGGCAAUUGCCCAUCUUAGAAAUUCUGAAUCCACUCAUGCGGACGAUAUUGCCAAAGGGAUGGGGAAAGCAUUUGAACUUUCAGUUGCUGCUUGUGUGGAAGGGAUCCAGCAACUGUGUGAGGCAACUGCAUAUAAGGUCAUCUUCCAUGAUCUAAGUCAUGUCCUUUGGGAUGGCUUGUAUGUUGGGGAAGUUUCAUCCUCUAGGAUUGAACCUUUUCUUCAGGAGCUUGAGCACUAUUUGGAGGUCAUUUCAUUAACCGUGCAUGACAGAGUCAGAACACGAGUUAUUACUGAAGUGAUGAAAGCUUCUUUUGAUGGUCUCCUGCUGGUUUUACUUGCUGGAGGCCCUUCUCGUGCUUUCAGUCUGCAAGAUUCUGAAACAAUAGAAGAGGACUUUAAGUGCUUGACUGAUUUAUUUUGGUCCAAUGGUGAUGGCCUUCCAGCUGAUUUAAUAGAAAAGUUUUCAACCACAGUUAAAGCCAUCCUCCCAUUAUUUCAUACUGAUACUGACAGCUUGAUUGAGCAAUUCAAAUAUAUGACUCUAGAGAGUUACGGUUCUGCUAAAUCCAAGCUUCCAUUGCCACCAACUUCCGGUCAGUGGAGUCCAACUGAGCCAAAUACACUCUUGCGAGUUUUGUGUCAUCGGAGUGAUGAGGCAGCAGCUAAGUUCCUUAAGAAGACUUACAACUUGCCAAAGAAGCUCUAAAAAUUUUCUAAUGAAAGGGACAAUCAUUAUUGCAUUUCUUAGGUAAAACUGCUUGGGGUGAUUCAUGUAGCUUCCCAAGUUUGUCGAGUAAUAGGCAUUAAAGCCUCAGUACAAUACCUAUGAUGGGGAUGUUUGUUAGAGAAGUUAUACCUCCUGUGUAUAGUAAUCUUGCUGGCUGGAUUCUAUUUGUUUGAGACCUUAACCUGGUGUGGAAACCUCAUAAGAAUAAUGGAUAUGCUCCUUGGUCAACAGUUAAAGUCUGACUUCUGGGAUGGGUAAGGAUGCUGGUUUUUCAACAUCAUCACUAUCUGCUUCACAUGGAGUUGGAGAUGAAACAUUACAAGGCAUUUGAUGAAAAAGCAGUGUGAGGAUCUUCACCAAUUUUUUUUUUUUUUUAUAAAUAUAAUAUUACUUUUCUUUUUCUGACCAUUUGUAAUAUUAUUCCCCCACAAGUAAAAACCAGAAUUGCAAGAUAAAAGUAUAAAGGUCUGAUAACUUAUUGAGAAAAUUGGAAAGGGUUUCUGUUCUCAAUGAAUUGGCACUUGUAUUUAUUUUUUUGUGACGAUUGUUUAACACCGUGUGUAAGGAAAAUCGUGUU